AUUACACGGAGUCAUCACUUUCGGGACGGUUUGGGGGCAGAAAAAGGCGCGAGGGGUUUGGUUAAGGGUUGGUGAGUGGUACAGGCAAGAGAUUACGCGAACUCUAAUGACGGCUUUUACCCUAAACCCCCCAUCCAAUGCCUCUGCUUUCUCUACUGCAAAAACAACAGCUCAGCGGUUGAUUACGCGUCACGCAAUAGUUAAAGAGUUGCCCAGAGCCGUUGAGCUCACAUUUAAUGUAGUGCCCAGCCCAACGGCUUGUGGGGUUCUUCAUACUUCAAAACUGACAUUCUUCAAUCGAGUCUCUCGGCCUCUGCGAGUCCCAUGGCGAACGACGCCGUACUCCGAUCCUGUCUGAUAUGUCUUGCCGCAAUUAUAUUGGUGGUUGGGAUAUGCACGCAGUCCUUCAAGAAAAUGGUGGCCACCUACGUGGUGGGUGUGCUGGGAAUUGCCGGGGUGAUCUUGCCGGAUUGGGCUUACUUCAAUCGCGAUUUCUCGAGGUGGACCUCUCCGAUGACUGCCGAGGAAAGGGCCGCUCAAAUUGCUCAAAGAUCUGGAUCCAAGAGGUUUAGGAUCUAUUAUAUGAGAGUGGCUAUCUAUACUACAGUUUAUGCUCUAGCUCUGAACAAGUGGUGGACGUUUGUAUCAAACUAGGCAAAGGAAGAUGACAGCUGCCUCAACAAUAUCAACAUGUUGUUGUUGUCAUCUGAAACCACCUAGUUUCCAGCAGUGUGUUUGUAUGUUUUAGCUGCAACAAUUUUAAGUGCUAAUGAAUUUUUGUGGUUGCAAAAAUUAUAUUAAGCCCAUGCAAU